UUCCGAGCAGUUCGGUUUCUUGACCUCAUCAAGCCAUUCUCACCUAUCCUUCCAGAGGUGCAACAGCCGGAAACAAAAGUACCAUUCAAUCAAAAAUUGAUGUGGACAGGCUUAACCCUUUUAAUAUUUCUUGUCAUGAGUCAAAUGCCGCUGUAUGGUAUUGUGUCCUCAGAUACCUCAGAUCCCCUUUACUGGUUAAGGAUGAUGUUGGCAAGCAACAGAGGGACUCUAAUGGAGCUGGGAAUCACGCCUAUCAUCUCAUCAGGAAUGGUCUUUCAGCUUCUAGCUGGUACACAUCUAAUUGACGUUAACCUCGACCUUAAAUCAGACCGUGAACUGUACCAAACAGCGCAGAAGCUUUUUGCCAUCAUUUUGUCCAUGGGUCAAGCUACUGUGUAUGUUCUGACUGGUCUGUAUGGCCAACCUUCAGACCUUGGAGCUGGUGUUGUCUUCCUCCUAAUUCUUCAAUUGGUCGUUGCUGGAUUAAUCGUCAUUCUUCUUGAUGAACUAUUACAAAAGGGAUACGGCUUAGGAAGUGGCAUCUCUCUGUUUAUCGCAACUAAUAUCUGCGAGUCUAUCAUUUGGAAAGCCUUUUCUCCAACAACUUUCAAUACAGGACGCGGCCCAGAGUUUGAGGGCGCCGUUAUCGCACUAUUUCAUCUGCUUCUCACCUGGCCUAACAAACAGCGUGCCCUACAGGAAGCUUUUUACAGGCAAAACCUUCCUAACAUAUUAAAUCUCAUUGCUACUCUUGUAGUGUUUGGUGUCGUUAUAUAUCUUCAGGGCUUCCGCGUAGAAAUUCCUCUCAAAUCAUCCCGUCAACGCGGAGCUCGUGGCUCAUACCCUGUUCGACUCUUUUACACAUCCAAUAUGCCUAUCAUGUUACAGUCGGCUCUAUCUUCAAACGUGUUCUUAGUAAGCCAGAUGUUAUAUUCGCGGUUCUCGGACAAUCUCCUAGUCCAGCUUGUUGGAGUAUGGGAAGCCAAGGAAGGCUCAUCUCAGCUUUUCGCUGUUUCUGGUCUCGCCUACUACAUGUCACCCCCAAUGAACUUUAUGGAAGCCCUCCUAGAUCCCAUUCAUACCGCAGUAUACAUUGCAUACAUGCUUAUAGCAUGUGCAAUAUUCUCCAAGACGUGGAUCGAAAUCUCUGGCUCGAGCCCGCGCGAUGUAGCAAAACAGCUCAAAGACCAGGGACUUGUUAUUGCAGGACAUAGAGAACAGAGCGUCUACAAGGAACUGAAGAGAACAAUACCCAUUGCCGCUGCAUUUGGUGGUGCUUGUAUUGGUGGUCUAUCUGUUGCGAGUGAUCUCCUAGGCGCACUUGGGUCUGGGACAGGAAUCUUAUUGGCAGUCACAAUAAUUUACGGUUAUUUCGAUAUAGCAGCCAAGGAGGGCGAUAUGUCAGGCAUGCAGGGAAUGGUUAUGGGAUAG